UAACAUAGUAGGAAGGUAUGGUUUGCGAUGGCUUCACUUACAAGUACCGUUUUUAAAGAAAGAUUUCUUACUGCUUUUAAUGAAAAUGAAAUACUGAAUGCAACAUGUCAAGAGAUUGCCUUAGAAAUACAAUCUGGGUAUGCAAAACUUUAUGCGGUUGUGGAAGAACUUGGAACUUUUUUGACUGAAAAAGAUGUUAAAUUACGGGAGAAGGGCAUUUGUGCCCUUUCUACUAUAUUAUUUCAUUUACCCAAAGAUUUCUUAAAUGAAAAUGAAUUGGAUUUUAUGACAUCAUUUUAUUGUGAUAGAUUAAAAGAACAUCAUAAUAUUAUACCUGCAGUAUUGAAAGGAAUUUUAUCGAUUGUUCAAAUGAAACAUUUUCCUAAGGAUUCACCUGAACGUUUAUUUAGGGUUCUUUUUGAGAAUGUUCAAUGCCAAUCUCAAUUAUUGCCUGAUCGCCGGAAUAUAUAUCUAAUAUUUAUAACAUUAUUGAAAAAUAGAAUAGAAGAUUUAAAAUCUAUGGGCCCAGAUUUUAUUUAUGGAGUUAUUAGUGCUAUAGAUGGAGAAAGGGAUCCUAGAAAUCUUAUGCUAUUAUUUAGCAUACUUCCUUAUUUUAUGACAGAAUUUUCAUUGGGCCAUUUAACUGAAGAAAUGUUUGAAGUCAUUGCAUGUUACUUUCCAGUUGACUUCAAUCCUUCUGGAACAGAGGGAAUAGAAAUAACACGUGAUGAUUUGGCAGAAAAAUUAGCACCUUGUCUUUGUGCUAUACCAGAAUUUGCAGAAUUCUGUAUUCCACUUAUAAUUGAUAAAUUAUUUUCCAAUCUUAAAGUUGCCAAGUUGGACUCUUUGAGUUUAUUAUGCAAAGGUGCACAGACAUUUGGUGUAAAAGGCCUUAAACAACAUUUGAUUGAGCUAUGGUCUGUUGUAAAAAAAGAAAUUAUGCCAGGUGGAGAUAUAGAAUUAAAAAAUGCAAGUUUAAAAGCUGUUAUAUCUAUAAUUGAAACUAUAACAAGUGAUGUUAAACUUUGUGAAGAUUUCAUUGACAAUAUAAUCACAGAUAUAAAGUCAUCUUUGUAUGAUGUGCAGCUUAGUUUGUUUAGGCCAUCUGUAAAAUUACUAGAAUCUGUGGCAAUGAUCAAUGAAGGAUCAUGCGCUCAAGUAUUAAAAGUAAUCGUACCAUUAUGUCUUGGCCAAUAUUCAACUAAGACUUCAAUAACUGAUAAAGUAAUUUUAAUUGAAACAUUAAAUAGUUUUAUUAAAAUUGCUGCUGACCACAAAUUUACUGUCAAGGAUGUUCCAGAAUUAGCAUGGACAGAUAUACCAAACUUAUAUUUAAAUGAACUAUCAAUACAGAAUACCGAAUUACAAACAAAGAUAUUGUUUGGCUUAACAGUGCAGAAAGCGCAUUUAAACGAAAUACAUCGUGCUCAACUUUAUGACAAAAUUUGUAGUCUAAGUGAAAUAAAUUAUAAUGAUACAAAAACACUUUGUUAUUCGUCUCUUUUAAAUUUUGCUAUGUUGUAUCCACGCGAAAUAUCAGCUUUGAUCAAGGAAAAAUUUCAGUUAGAUAAUGGUGAGGAGAAAAUAAAAAUACAAAUCCAUAAACUAGAAGUACUAACAGCUGUUGCUAAAACAUAUGAAUUAGGUAUUGAAGUUCUUCCACAAAUUGUAUCACAAACGAAUGUUAUGAAUCCUGAUAUAAGCUUUACAGCUUUAAAAUGUCUUCAUAGGCUGGUUACUACAAAAAAUAUUGAUUAUAAUGUUCAACAUUAUUUAUACCAUGAAUGUAAUAUUAUUGAAAAAUUGACCACCUUUAACAUCAGUCCUAUGGAUCAAAGAUUAGAUUUAGUUUUAGAUAUUUGUCGAUUAAUUGUACGGAAUCUUACGCUCGAAGAACAACAGAAUGUUGUCAAUAAAUAUGCUACAAGUUUAAGUCAACAAAUUUCGGAAUCUGAUGCAGUUUUAGUAAUGAAUAUUUUCAUUCCCUUGCGUCAAAAUAUCGAUUUAGCAAUGAAUCUAAAUUUAUUACAAAACCUUCAUAAUUUAGCCCUUAAUAGUAAUCACUCAAAUAUAAGGCUCAUAACAUGUAAAUUUAUUGCUGUAAUAUUAAACAAAAUUAAUGAUAAUAGCGAACACUUCCAGCAUAUUUUAUUAUAUUUUAAAGAAAAGAUAAAUAAUAACUUGAAUUCAGAUAUUAAUAUUGAAAUAGUGCGAGCAACAGCUUCUUUACAAGUAUGGCUAACAAAAGCUAUAAUUACAAAAGGUUCCUGUAAUGUUGAAAUAUUUUUGGAUGAACUUACUAACAUUUUGAAACAUGACCGAAUAGGUCAAUAUGUAGCACAAGAGUAUAAAAUUUUGACAAAUAGACAUGAGGAUACUUUGGUAGAAACAAAUUUUUGUAAUGUCAAAAUUUUUUAUAAACAAAGAGUGUUUGAACACUUAAUUAAGAAAGAUUCGGAAUUCGAAAAUACAUCAAGGCAAAACUAUCUAAGCGCAUUAAUACAGCUAUUGGAAGAUGUACCUGAGGAACUUUUAUUUAUGUAUUUAACUAAGUUGGUCCCACUUUUGAUAGAAUCUUUGUCUCUUGACAAUGAACAACUGAUAUUUGUAACAUUGACAAUGUUGAAUCUCUUAUUGGAGAGUAAACAUAAUAUCUUUUCUGAUAAAAUUCAAUGUUUUAUUCCAAGGCUACUAAAAUUAUUUAUGUACAAAACAAUGAAAGUCAGAAUAGCAGCUUUAGAGUGUUUAACGAAUUACUGCAAUUAUCCAACAAUUUUAAUUAACACGUAUAAGCAAGAUGUAUUAGAAAAACUAUUAAUACCAAUUGACGAUCGAAAACGUUUAGUCCGAAAAGCCGCAGUAAAAGCAAGAACACGAUGGUUCUUAGUUGGCGCGCCAGGAACAAUAACAGAACAAUGA